AUGUUUGAAGAUGUGGAGUAUGAAGCCAUCAUACUCGCAAGCUCUGGAAUCGACUCUGGCGACGGCUCCGGAGAGGAAAUUCAAAUCGACGUGCUUGACUUAGUAAACGAAGAAAGUGUUUUCCUCGAGUUUUGCCUGAGUUUUGUCAUAUUUUCUUUUGCCAAUUUGAAAGAAAAUAUCAAUUUAUUCCCGCCAAGAAAAAAGGAAAUCCAGAUGAAACUGCCAUCUCGAUCACUCGUUAAAAAUGAUGAAAAUGAUUCAACGUUCACAUCGAAAAGGGUCGGAACUCAUCAACCGAACGAGUUUGAGCAGAUUUUCCCCAAUAAAGUGGUUUCCUAUGGCCAGUUUGGCAAAUGCGAAGGAUCUGAGUGCGAUGGAGUACCUGCUGACACGAUCCAAAUAAGUAAAGGAAGGUUCUGCGAAAUAUGUGUAGAUAAAGAACGCGGCGAAGAACAAAUCGAAGUCCGAGACUUUGAGAAAUCCGACGCGAAAUUUCGAUGCCCAGCGUUCUCCGCAACUGAGAGCUGCAAAUCGGAGAAUCUCUCGUUCGAAGAAUUCUACCUCGGUUCUUGCUGUGAGCCGGGCUCGAAGUGGUUGACAGACAACCGAAAAGCGCAAAGAAACAAGCUUUUUAUCGUCAGGAACAUCCAUGCCGAAGCAAAGCGUGAGCAAACGGAACUUGAGGUUCUAUCUAGACAGCAAAAGUCGACCGUUAAGAAAAUGGAGAGAGAGCAAAGCAACAGAAAAGAAAUGGCAAAAGAUUAUUACGAAUACUAUCAAAUGACUUUGAAGGAGAUUGAGGAAAACGCACCAAAAAUUAAAGACGCCAGGAAGGCUCAUGAAGGAAUUAUGGAAGAGGUGCUUGAAAAGGAGAAAGAAGUUGACAAGGCGGCGAAGCGUUACAAACAGCUCUCUUACGAGUAUCUUUCGGUUGAAGCCAAAGAAAAUAUGAAAGGUAAUGGAAGGUGCAAAUCAUGCUUGGAAGAAUACAGCAACGAUUCGCUCCACCAUAAAUGCGCUCUUCGCAAAUGUGGGCAUGUUUCAUGCAAGGAAUGUUUGGAAGGGGUUCUUAUGGUAAGAUUGGAAAGUUGGAACGUCGAUUACGCGCUUUGUUCCGUCUGCCAAGAGAGCUUUACCCUUUCUGACAUUCUCCCCAUCAAAGAAUAA